AUGGAUAAAAUGACUCUGAACCACUCUGCCGUGAAUGUCACUCUGGACAACUGCACGCUCUUGCCGUAUUAUAUCCACUCAGCAGGGAUGGCGGUUAGCUACAUUCUGUCCUACCUGCUGGUGCUUCUGCUGUGUAUCGUGGGCAAUGGACUUGUCUGCUUGGUGAUCAUCAGGAACCGCAACAUGCGUUCAGUUACUAAUCUCUUCAUACUCAACCUGGCCAUCAGUGACCUGUUGGUGGGUGUGUUCUGUGUGCCUAUCACACUGAUUGACUGCCUCAUCUCAGGUUGGCCAUUUAGCCAGAUCACGUGCACGAUGAGUAACCUGGUCCAGGGCAUGUCAGUGUCUGCCUCCGUCUUCACCCUGGUUGCCAUAGCAGUAGAUAGGUUUACUGGCAUUGUUUAUCCAUUCCGUCAUCGUCUGAGGCCAGUCACUGCAUUCUUCGCCAUCGUCUUCAUUUGGAUUCUCGCAUUUGCAGUCAUCUGCCCUUCAGCUGCAACACUGAAGGUCAUACACCUGGAGGACAUCUACAUUGUCCAAGAAAACCAGCUCUACCCACUGUUUGUGUGUUUCGAGGACUGGCCCAGAGCAGACAUGCGGCGAGUCUACACCACCGUCAUCUUCAUCCACGUGUACCUGGCCCCAUUGGGUCUCAUAAGCAUCAUGUAUGGGUGCAUCGCCUCUAAACUCUCCAACAACCUGCGUGAGAACCGGCUUCAUUCCAGAAGAAGGGUGAAGGUAAUCAAGAUGCUCAUUAUGGUCGCCGGUCUCUUCAUGGUAUCUUGGCUCCCACUCUGGACUUUGAUGCUUCUUACUGACUAUCAGGAUCUGGACAGGCAACAAAUUGAUUUCUUGAGCAGCUAUCUUUUUCCAGUCGCUCACUGGCUGGCAUUCUUCAACAGUGGCGUAAAUCCAAUCAUCUACGGCUUCUUUAAUGAGAACUUCCGCAGGGGCUUCCAGGCAGCUAUGGCCUGCAGUUCCUGCAAAUCUGUUGUUUCAGAGAUGCGUCACACACAUUUUGUGCUCCAGCCCCCUAACAAGGUAUCCGACGAGAACGGAGGUGCGACCAGCAGGCGGAAAGAGUGCUGUUUUGCUGUAAUGCCUCGAGGAACGGGGCGUGGUAUUCAUGGAAUUCUCCUUGAGGAUAUUAAUAGAAUUACAGCUUCCCAUAGAGUGCUUGGAGCCUGGAUGGAGUAAAGGAUUUCUACUAUAUUUGGAGAAGUCUAUCUGCUUGCGUUACAAUUUACCUCAAUGGCAGUUGCUUGGCUGGCACAUGCAGCAUUGGCAGACUUGAAUGGUGCCAUCUUUGCAUCAUGGGCACUCAGUUCUAGAAACUGAUCUGAGCUGUAAAUGUCAGUUAAAAUGUUAUUGAUCAUUCUACAAUUGAACUUCUUGUAGUGGACAGGGAAAACCGUCCAUUUCGUGCUGAUAAGAGUGCCAAAAAAGUGUCACUGUUCAUCAGAAUACACUGUUUUUGCACUCAUAAUGGUGUAGUUAGGCGCUAAUUGCUGAAGCUAAACAGCCAAAUCUUGACCCAUUGGUUACAAUAUCACAGGAGUAUUGUUUGGAGUAUUGUUGCCGUGUGGAUCAAGAAAAUGCGCUUGUUUCAUAAUUUGGUUACUCCGUCAACCAAAUUGUGUUUUAUUCAAAUGUGGAUGGUCUCAUUUGGGGGUUUUACCACUGGGAACAAUUUUUAAUAAUUUAAAUACACUUUGGGACAUCGCAGCCAUGGAGUAUUAUAUAAAAUUCACACAGCCUAAAACUCUUCAUGCAAAUCAACUCAAGUGGUGUGCAGAGUGACUUUUCAAGAGGUGUUUUUUUUCUGUGUACAAGCCUAAAGGGUCCAUCUGAAGUGUCACUCAAAGACCCUAAUGACAGACACACAUAAUAGAAUCAAGAACAGUGUCUUAAGUGAUUUUGCUUCAUGAUGUUAAUGAAUCUGAUGAAUAAUUAAAAAGUAAUUAAAUUCUCAUUUAUAUGUUUAGUUGUUUCUUCCAAUUUUGUCAGGAAUGAUCUGUAUACAGUGUAUCAUUAUAAUUACAUUUAAAAAUGUGUUUUUAAGAUCAGUUUUGUUUUCUGUUUUAGUGUCUUUUUUCAGCGUGUAAAUGUGUAAAUUGUUAAGAAGCCAAAAGUAAACAUAAGGAAACCAAACGUGCACAUCUGUGUUUGUGUGAAUAUGUGGCAUUUAUUUUGUGUCACAUUCCUCUAGAUUUGAGUGACAUGUAAUACUGAAAGAAAAAAGACAACGGAAAAUAUUUUUCAAUGUUAUUCCUCAUAUGAUGUGUUGUUUUUUUAUGCGUGGUAACUCCAAGCUGUUUUUGCCAUAUGAAUUGUAAUCGGCGUCAAGCCUGUGUCGUUGCCUGUGCCCUCCUUUAAACUUUACUUGAAACAUUUUUUAAUUCCUUUGAAAACAUCAAAUGUUGUAUAUUUGCUGUUAUGUUUACUUGAUUACUUGUAAUGCAUUCCAGUAUACAGUACAUGUUCAUGGAUUCAUAAUUCAGGAGUAACAUUAACAGUAACUGAAUGUUCGAAAUGUAUGUAUGUUUACAUGUUUAAAUAUCCAAUAGGUGUUUCAAUGAGAGGUAACUUAAUUUAUAGUGUAUACACACACACACACACACACGUGUAUACAAUUUUUGUUCUUUAGCAGACAUUUCCCUUCAUGGGCAUAUCAUGCAUAUUUUAAUGGAAUGGCACUGCCUAAUAGUUCAGAUAUUGGGCUACGAAUACAAAGGUUUUAUGUCUUUCUUAGGAUUUGCGUAUGCCCACCUGAAAUAAGUGAUCAUACGUAUGGUUGCCAGAACAAUGAGUAGUCUUUUGACCUGGAACAUUUCAGUCUGCUAACCGUUGAUAACCAAUCUGCCGCAGCACCA